GAUUAGCCGAGCUGCCAUCUACAGACGCCUCUUCGAAGCGAGUCCUAUAAAACUGGGAAGGAGCGGUUCAAAGGAGGCAGUCGCUUGCCGAACCGCCCGCGGGAGGAGAAGCAACUCCCUGCGCUCGAGAGGAAGGAAAAAGGCGACCUCGCGACUCAUUUCAUCAAAAAUCAUCUGCAAUGAAUACUAUUGACAUGCCUCCAAUAUUCAAUCUUCUGGAAGUGGAGAAUCUCAAUGAAACCAAUGUAACCUGCAACAAUGGAGAGUGUAUCACUGUGGACUCCCUAUUGUGCCCAAAUGUGAUUAACAAAAGUGCUCUGCUCUAUACCCUCUCCUUUUUGUAUAUCUUUAUUUUUAUGAUUGGCUUAGUGGCCAAUUUUGUGGUGGUCUGGAUGAAUUUUCAAACAAAAAUUACUGGCUAUGAAACUCACUUAUACAUCUUCAACCUUGCUGUUGCUGACCUUUGUGUGAUCAUCACUCUUCCCAUCUGGGUAGUCUCCUUUGUUCAACACAGCCAGUGGAACAUGGGGGAAAUCUCAUGCAAAAUAGCUCACCUUGUGUUCUCUAUCAAUCUAUAUGGCAGCAUCUUCUUCCUGACAUGUAUGAGUGUGGAUCGGUACGUCUCAGUUGCUUACUUCCAACCUGCCAGCAGCGUUAAAAAGAAGAGACUCCGUUGUUGCAUUUGCAUCUUGGUAUGGCUCUUUGCCUUUUUUGCAGCCCUUCCUGAUACCUAUUACCUUACGACGGUUUCCUCCAACAAUGAAACUUAUUGUCGUCCUGUCUAUCCAGAGGAGACUGCAAAGGACUGGCUAGCUGGCAUAGAGCUAACCUCGGUUAUUUUAGGUUUUGUCAUUCCUUUUCCUCUCAUUGCUCUUUCCAAUUGUCUUUUAGCCACAACUGUAUUGGCCUCUAAUGAUCAAGAGAGGAAUAGUAAUGUGAAAAUUAUUUUUUCCUAUGUCCUUGUAUUUCUUGUCUGUUGGUUGCCAUACCACAUAGUUGUCUUGCUUGACUUCUUGUUGGCCUUCCAUUUUAUACCCUUCAGUUGCCAAAUGGAGAACUUCCUUUAUGCAGCUCUUCACGUUACUCAGUGCCUCUCUCUGGUUCAUUGUUGCAUCAAUCCCAUCCUCUAUAGCUUUAUCAAUCAAAACUACAAGUAUGAACUCAUGAAGGCAUUUAUCUUUAAAUACUCAGCUAAAACUGGCCUUACAAAGCUGAUUGAUACUUCCAAGAUUUCAGAAACAGAGUACUCUGCUUUGGAGCAAAAUGCUAAAUGAUCAUUGCUUUGCAAAAGACAUUACUGGAGAAGCAGAUUACUCCAUAUAUAUAUAUAUAUAUAUGAUAUUUCGCAGUUAUACUGGAAGAUAAAUAUAUUUAACAAUGUAUGGUUAAGAUUGAAAGUAUAAAAUACUGUAGUGUUAAUAUUAGAUCUCCAUUCAGUUUUCUAUUGUAAGAGUAGAUUCUAUUGUAAGAGUAGAUAGACAAAUGAAAAUUAUAUGUAUUUUAAGUUGGUCUUUAAAUUUUGUGACAACAUGAUUGUAAUAUAUUUUUUAAAUAUUAAUUAUUGCAUGUUAAUAUGUUUCAUGACCUUUGUUUAGUUGCUUCUUUCAGGGCCUUAUUCUCCUAUUUGUAAGUUAUUUUUCAAAUGCUGUCUUGGAAAAUAAGAUGUAAACGAUACAGUAUGCUAUUUGUGGGGGGGGGGGCAGAUGCACCUGAUAUUUAAUUUUAAAUUCUUUUUUGAGUCAAUAACAGGUAUUUCUGGUGACUCCAGUAUAGUUUUAUAGACAGCACUACAGAAGGGGUUGCAUUAGUUCUCUUCUUAAAUUCCUUUUCAAAUUAUAUCAGAUUAUAACCUGAUAUUCCCUGGAAGUCUUCCAGCAGCAAUCAGAACAUUUUCCUACUCAGCCAAAAUAGUAUAGAGUUCUGAAUUAUAGAUUCAGAGGCAAAUCCCCCAAAAAGUAUGGUUUGCAGGGGUCCCCAACCACUAAUUCCUCAGCCCAGUGCUGCACUGCAACCCAUUGGGAACUGGGCCAUGAAAGUGGUGGGCAUACAUGUACAAAGCUGCAUUUGUGAAAGUGGUACAUUGGUUGCACAAAACCAUUCCCUUACACCAGUGCACUGAGCCAGAAAGGUUGGGGACUGCUGGUUUACAGUAUCCUGCUUGUGACGCACCUGCAUCAACCCUUUUCCCUGAGUCCCCUCAGGGAAAAGGGCGGCCUAUAAAUCCUAAUAAAAUACUAAAAAAAAAAUACUAAACUAGUUUAUGAAUGGAUUCAAAAUAUUGAUGAACAGGGUUCCUCCAGUUUUUACCAGCAAUUUUAUUUUCAUAAUCACGUAGAAUUUAUUGUGCAUGAGUGUGAGUGGGCACACAUUUGUAUGCUUCUGAAUAUAAUUGGUCUCUGUAGUCCAUUUGUGUUCUUUUUCUGAUCCUAAAACUAUUUAAUAAACAGACAACAUGUUAAGAAAUUUUA